CGUCGCAUGACUGCCUGUUUAGGCAGGCCGCCCUACCCCGCUCUCGUGAGGAGAUUCGGUGAAUGCUUGACCGAAUCUUCCGUCCACACACUACCACGCUCGAGGACAGGGACGGCCCGCAAGUCCGAGCGCGCCACUUUUCGCUUCGAGAUAGAAUGGCGGAGCAUGUUAAAAGAUGUCGGAACGUGAAGGAGCUUCAGUUGUACCCUCGGACGUCAUUGAGGCUCGCUCUCAUAAUCACGACUCACAACCAACAAGAUGAAGUUUCGCGAUGGCAUGUGGUUGGUGAACGACCAGUUCACGGUCCAGCAUGCGGAAGAGGUUUACUCGGUUACGCCACGCGAGGAUAACAAAGCUGUGACGCUCCUGGCGCCUACCAAGAAGAUCUUCUCACGGGGCGACACUCUCAAUCUUGCAACCCUUUCCGUGGAGCUGGAGGCACAAUUCGAUGGUGUGAUAUCUCUCGAAGUCACUCAUCACGCUGGUGCUAGACGACUUGGACCCGACAUUGAUCUAUUCCCGGACGGCCGUCCUGAAUCGACUGGCGAUGUCAAGAAGAACGCAGAUGGAAAAGGGGCCACCAUUACCUCAGGAUCGCUUAGUGCAACUGUUAGUGGCAAUAACCACACAUUCGACAUCAAGUUUCAUGCUACCAACGACUCGAAGCAUUUGACCUCCCUGCUCAAUCGCAGUGUUGGCCUUGCGUACUCACCUGCCCUGAGCACGCCGAAGCAGGUUGAGGAUCUGAGUGCGCACAAGCACUAUGUUUUUACACAGACGGAGCUUAGUGUUGGCGAAUCGAUCCACGGCCUUGGUGAGAGGUUCGGUGCUUGGAACAAGAUUGGCCAAAAUGUCGAAGUGUGGAAUGAAGAUGGCGGUACCUCCAGCGAGCAGGCUUACAAGAAUGUUUCUUUCUGGUUGAGUUCAAGAGGCUAUGGUGUCUUUAUUGACACGCCAGACAAGAUUGACAUGGAAAUUGGAAGCGAGCGAUGUUCAAGAUUGCAAACUACUGUUGAAGGGCAGCGAUUGAAGUGGUAUCUCAUCUAUGGACCAACACCAAAAGAGGUUUUGACCAAGUACUCCAUCCUGACCGGCAAAGCCAAUCGCGUCCCAGCAUGGUCCUACGGUCUCUGGCUCAGCACUUCUUUCACUACCUCGUAUGAUGAGGACACCGUCAAUCACUUUGUGUCGCGCAUGUCGGAGUCAAAGAUCCCUGUUGAAGUCUUCCACUUCGAUUGUUUCUGGCUACGCGCUUUCCAUUGGUGUGACUUCGUAUGGGAUCCAGAGUCAUUUCCCGAUGCCAAAGGGCAGAUUCAGCGUGGAAAGGAAGCCGGCCUCUUCAACAAGGUCUCCGUUUGGACGAAUCCAUAUGUGGGACAAGCGAGUCCCGUCUUCAAAUACGCAGCUGAGAAAGGCUAUCUGCUUAAGAAAACCAAUGGCGAUGUUUGGCAGUGGGAUCUGUGGCAAACAGGUAUGGGUGUAGUCGACUUCACGAAUCCCGAAGCGUGCGAGUGGUUCAGCGGCUGCAUGGAGCAGCUGUUAGACAUGGGUGUGGAUUCCAUCAAGACGGACUUUGGCGAGCGCAUUCCUACUAAGAACGUUCAGUGGCACGAUAAGAGCGUGGAUCCCAGUCGCAUGCACAACUACUACGCCUUCAUCUACAACAAACUUGUAUAUGAAGCUGUGCAAAAGAGGUUCGGCAAGAACGAGGCCAUCUUGUUUGCGCGUACAGCAUGCGCUGGCUCUCAACGUUUCCCACUCCAGUGGGGCGGCGACUGCGAGUCUACGCCUGCUGCACUUGCUGAAUCAGUUCGGGGAGGAUUGAGUCUCGGUCUGGCGUCUUUUGCCUUCUGGACCAGCGACAUCGGUGGCUUUGAGGGCAGUCCACCCCCAUGGAUCUACAAACGUUGGGUCGCCUUUGGUCUUCUUAAUUCACACAGCCGACUCCACGGAUCAAACUCGUAUCGUGUGCCCUGGCUGGUAGACGAUUCUUCGACGGAACCUGAGAAUUGCACAGAUGUUCUCCGACACUGGGUACAGCUCAAGCGCCAAUUGAUGCCAUACCUAUACGCUCAGUCUAUUGAGAGUGUUGCGAAUGGGUGGCCCACUAGCGUUCGUGCAGUCGCUCUUGAAUUUCCUGACGACUCAACAUCAUGGUACUGCGAUCGUGAAUUUAUGGUUGGUAGCCAACUUCUUGCUGCUCCAGUCUUUGAAGAGGACGGUAGCGCUGAGUACUACCUGCCACCAGGUCGAUGGUUCAGCUUCUGGGACGGCAAAGAGGUUCAAGGCAGCAGAUGGAUUCGAGAGAAGUACAGCUUCCUGCAAACACCGCUGUUCGUGCGCGAAGGAAGUGUGCUAGUGCUGGGACAAGCAGAAGGCUCAGGCGGAUUCGGAUAUGAUUGGCUGAGUUCCGGAGGUGAAGUGCGUCUAUACGGCGUCAAGCAAGGUGACAAAGCCGUACUUGUGGAUACCAACGGUGAUGAGAAGGGCACCCUUGAGGUUGACUCCAAUGGUGAGCUGACAGGCCUGGACGCCUUGAACGGCGACUGGAAGGUCUCCAACCUUGGAUAGGAUAGCGGACCGCUUACAACGGAUGUCCUGCUACAACUAGCGUACGGAGACGGGGCGUACACGAUCAAUACCUGAAGUAGAGCCGCACAACGGUUUUUCGAUCAGAUGUCAC